GCACAAUAGAAAAGAAACAUAGGCAGGCACACACUAAAACAACAUAGAUAUAGAAGUCCUUUUACGUUUAAAACAUCGUUUUGGAAAAAUGAACCAGAAAGUGGCAGUUGGCAUUGACCUUGGGACAACAAAUUGUUGCAUAGCUGUUGUACAAAAUGGAAAAGUCGAGGUCGUUGAAAAUGAAUUGAGCAGUAGACUAACACCGAAUUAUGUUUCCUUUACAGAGACAGUGCGUCUCUAUGGGUCUGAUGCCCAAAGUCAGGCUAUUAUGAACCUUUGUGAUACAAUCUUUGAUGUGAAACAAAUCAUUGGUCGACAAAUUGAUGAUGAAAUAGUUCAGAAAAAUAAAAUAUUUUGGCCAUUCGAAAUCAAAGAAAUUAAAGGCAAGUUAAAAGUUAAAGCGAAAUACAAAAAGAAGGAGGAAUUGUUCGCUCCAGAAGAAAUAAGUGCAAUGGUUCUCACAACAUUAAAGGAAACAGCUGAAGCUCAUGUUGGACAGAAAAUAAAAGAUGUCGUCAUCAGUGUCCCUGCUAAUUUCAAUGACCUACAGAGAGUAGCGACUUUAAAUGCUGGGAAAAUUGCAGGUUUGAACGUUUUAAAACUUAUCAAUGAGCCGACAGCAGCGGCGUUAACUUUUGGAUGGACCAAAGAUGUAGGAGAACAAAAAACUAUUUUAAUUUUUGACUUUGGAAGCUGUAAAUUGGACGUAUCGAUAGUCAACAUUCGAGUUAGUUCAAAAAUGGAGGUAGAAGUCAAAGCAACUGCUGGUGAUAAUCUAGGUGGAACAGAUAUAAACAGAUUAAUGGUACUGUAUUUAAUGGAAUUGUUUAACAAAAAACAUCAGAAAGAUAUGAGUUAUAGCAUGAAAUCCAUUAGACGUCUCUUUAUAGCUUGGGAAAAAGCCAAGAUCAUACUGUCGAGCAAUAAAGAAACUUCCAUCACUGUUGACUCAUUAUUUGACGGUAUUGAUUUUUGCACUACAAUUACAAGAGCGAAAUUUGAAGAGGUUUGUGAUGAUUUGUUGACAUCUAUACUUCUUCCGGUCCAAAGAGCACUUCAUGAUGCCCGUCUUGAUAAAAGCCAAAUUGAUGAAAUAGUUCUUGUAGGAGGAUCCACUCGUAUACCUAGAGUACAACAACUGCUGAGUGAUUCUUUCGGAGGCAAACAGUUAAACAAAUCUCUUAAUGCAGACGAGGCUGUAGCUUAUGGGGCAGCUCUACAAGCUGAAACUCUUUCUAGAGACAAAGUACACGUUUCUGACAUUAUUCCUUAUGAUUUGGUAGGUGUUGACGAAAGAGGAUGCGUCUUACGUUUGUAUGAAAAAGGCUCAAAUAUUUCUCAAAAUGUAGAUUGGGAGAUUCCAACAACUCAUGACACAAAAAAAAUUCAUAUUAAUUUUUUUCAGUCUUCGAGGUUUAACCGUGUAGAGUUAGGAUCAGUUACAUUGAAUGGAACUCAGCCCAAACCUAUGUUUAAGCUCAUAGUACCUAUAGCUUUUGUUAUUGAUUGUAAUGGAAUUUUCAACGUCUAUGCUUUUGAUACCAAAACAAGCGAUUAUCAACAUUCUGAAAUAAGGAAUGAAAGAUGUAGAUUUAGCAAAAAAGAUCUGGAACAAAUGUUGUGUAAGUUAGAAAAAUAUAAGUUAGAAGAAUAUCAAAUUAAAGAACAAAUUGAAGCUAAAAUACAUUUGCAAAAGUGUGCUUAUAGUUUUAAACGAGACUUAGAUGCUGCUCGCCAUAAAAUGCAACCAGAAAGGCAUACCAGUUUAACUAGAUAUUAUAAUAAGGUUCAGUCUUGGCUGGACACUAACUCUAAUGCUAAAGAAAAAGAAAUAGAACGUCAAUUAAAGAGUCUCCAAAAAGGUAAUGAAUUAUUAUCAAAGGAAACUGUCAAAGUGUCUAAGUUGUAAUCGUAAUUCUUAUAAUAGUAAUUUAGAACAAACAUCAAUACAAUCCAGUAGCUUAAAAAAAAACUACAACUAACAUUAAUAAUGAUAACGGUAGUAAGAACAUAAACCAACCUAAAAUGAUUCUUGUCACCUGUCGGAGGAUCAUAUUGCUACAGACAUGCCAUAUCUUAUAAAAUACACAAGUUACUUCCAAAAGAAGUUUCUACGUUCUACGCGUUAUGCAUCUAGUUAUGCAUGCUAAACAAUGACUUAAAUUCUGCUAAGUCAUAGGUUUUCUUGGCUGGCUCAGGCAGCACUAAUGGUAAUAGGGAAGAAGGAGCUUUUGUACAACUUUGUCCUUGCAUAUGGAACGAGUAUUGUGCCUUUGUCUUUUUGUCUUUCUGAGUAUUUUAUUAAAUUUUGUUUUUGUAUUUGAAGAUUAUGGUUCAUUGUUUUAUGUAUAAUUGCUACUUUACUUUUGAGUCUUCUCUCUUAAAGACUUUCUAAAUUUAUUGAUUUUACUAAAGGUGUUACUCUAGUCAGAUGUGAAUAUUUGUUAUGAAUCUCACUGCUCUACUUUGUGUCUGUUCUACAAAUGCUUCUUGAGUUAAGGUGACGUGUUUUCUCCUGAUGUUUAUACCUGAUUUCUUUUAUCAGACAUUGAUCCAAAAUAAUACUUAGCUUAUAAAUAUAAAAAAUCGCAUGAACCUGUUUUAGAUGAAGUCCAUUAAUUAUAAUUGCUUUGAAAAAUUGAUUUUACACAUGCCAUUGACGAUGUCACAGUAGUCAGAGAUCUAUAAAAUCUAGUUAUAAUCUGUAAUCUAUAUAAUCAUAAAUAUUCAACUUGAAUUUGAAUCAGUAUAGAUCUACUUCUAGAAUAUAUAUCUAGGUUAUAAAUAUAGUAGAAAUAGAAUUUAAGAUAAUGAAAGUUUACUCUAGACAGUAACAUAUCUCCAUAUUGAUUGUACCGGUACCAGCAAUCCCCCAUUUAUAAAAUAAAUCAGAAAUAAUAAACGACAGUGUGAAACCAUAACCUUAUGAAGCUAAAAAAAAAAAACGUUAAUAAAAAUGAAGAAUAAACAAUAUAUGGAAACCUAAGAUUUCACAGACCAUGACAUGAGGAAGGGACCUGAUCUAGCCUUAAACCUUUUUACAAACCUUUUCACAGUGAGAAAUUUAUGAAGAAUGGCGUCAUCAGGGUCUCAAUAAAACUUUUUCUCAUAUGAAAAGGAAAUAAAAAAACUUCCUCCCUUUUCCUUUCACAAUACACCUAGACAUAAUAAAUCUGUCAAGUAAGAUUUCUUUUCCUUGUUCAAGAUACCAAACAAAAUAAUUAAUUACUAGAUCUAAUAGUCAAUUAACUAAUUGCUUAAUAAUUUUUAUUGAUUCUUGUGUUGUCAGGUAAAAGAAAUAUUUUUGCUAAAUUUCAGCUUGAUUCGAAAUAUGGGUGUUGGAGAAACUUUCGACCAUACAAACAGACAGACAGUGUUGAUAUAAGCUUUGUAAAGCUUUUGAAACGCUUCAAUAUUGCAUUAUAAUUUCUACUGAUCUAGUUCUUCUAUUACAGCCAAUCUGAUUCCUCUUUUAUAAACAUAAGGGCAUCCUGUAAGAGUGAUUAUAUUGUUUUUAAUAACUACGGAAAAAAAACACUUUCAUUUUGCA